AUGCAGUUCGGUUGCAGCAUCUGUGGCAAAGUUGUCCGCUGUGUUGGAAGCGCAAAAGUGCGCUAUUUUGAAAUGAUAUUUGAUCAAAGGCUUUUAUCAGUUGAAUCGCCCUGUUUGAUCGGCAUGCUGGCUCGAUUUUCGGAUGAACUGCAAGAAUUCAGCGUAAAAGCUGGGACGUUGACAAAAUUACCGAAGCCUGUGCAACAGAUCAUCGGCAUGAUUUUUGAUGUUGAUUCGAUGAACAGUAUUUUGCGUGACUUUGAGAUCGAUACCGAAAAGAUGCCGCUUGGACGACUCUCGAAGCGCCACUUGCAGAACGCAUACAAAGUUCUGACAGAGCUGCAAAACGUGGGUGCUUUGAAACUUCUGACCGAAGCAGGUAAUGCCACGUAUGCGAAUUAUCUGGAUGCAACCAAUCGAUUCUUCACGCUUAUCCCACAUAACUUUGGCAUGAACAAACCUCCUCUUCUGAAUACUGCAAAACUUCUGAGCGUAAGUAUGAGAGAUUCUUUUAUGCUCCACUUUCGCCGAUUUUAG